AUGCAGUUCUCCCGUUUUUUCCUUGUGGUCGUCGCGGCCCUCAUCUCCUCCACUACCGCCUGCAAAUGCGUUACCAACGGUAACAACCAAGUCGGGGCCACCCACACUUGCUGCGACCAGCUGAAUGGCGACUUCGUCGGCGGCGUUGAUUGUCGCGCCGGCUCUAUCUCGGAGCACCUCAGUAACGUAUGGCUCCCUACAUGCAUCGAUGCGCUUUUAGUGACGUUUAAUGGCCUACUUGCUUCUGCCAACUUGAACUCAUUCCGCGUCUCUGUCUGGACAGAUGUUCUUGAGCAAUUCUCGCGCCAACCCGAGCCACAAUCCGCCACUUCAGAAGUCGGACCCACAUCACCGGUUACUUCGCCCCCGCCCCCUCCGCCAACUGCGACCGCAAGCACCUUUUCUGGUGGACGGCCACGCACAAAUACGAGGGUAGAUGCGCCUCCGGUGCCGAUGCCGGGUAAUGGACCUGGCUUUGCAGGGUUGGCGGGUGUGACUGAAGAAGAUGGAGACGCGCUAGCCGCCGAUUUCGCAGCGGAACUGGCAAAGGGGAUGGAAAGUCUCAUGAGGGAAAUUUCGGGGCCUACAGAAGGAUCGUCCUCAGAAGGCGGACCACUGCCAAACGAAGAAGAGCUCAAGGCUGCCUGGGAGGCCAUGCUCAUUGAGAGCAUGAAUGGGCUGACUGAAGGUGCGAACGGCGGGCCUGCCGCCUCGAGCAAUGGCGCCGACUCCGCGGCAAACGAUUUCCAGGCCAAGAUCAAGCAGGCCAUGGGCAAACUCAAGGAGGGCGAAGAUGCGUUGAAGGACGCUGACGGGUCGUCAUCGACGGCAUCAGACCCCCUUGCUGCCUUGCUCGCUUCACUAGGAGGUGAUGGGGAUGGUGAUUUACCUACCAACGAGACAGAGCUUGCUGGGCUACUCGAGAACAUGAUGGGAGAGCUCAUGUCAAAAGAGAUUCUCUACGAUCCGCUGAAAGAGCUGGCUGAAAAGUUCCCGCCUUACCUCCAAUCCCCACCUGCACCAAUUCCUGCUGAUGAUCGGAAACGUUACGAGGACCAGCUCGAUCGCGUCAAAAGUAUCCUCGCAUUGUUCGACAGCCCUACCUACUCUGACGAGGACCCCAAAUCACGCGAAAGCGUUGUAGCCCUCAUGGCUGAAAUGCAGUCGUUUGGUUCACCUCCCGCCGAACUAAUGGGUCCUGUCCCUCCUGGAUUCGACAUGCUUGGUCAGGAUUGUGUGGUCUGCUGA